AAAAAAACACAUGCUAGUUUUGUCUAUUUAUUCCCUCAAAAAGCUUUAUUACGGUUAGAACAACCCAUCAAAAGAUGGCAGCUUCUUCUUCCGUCGGAAUCUCUCUCUCCUUCUUUUUCUGGGCUCUGCUAAUCUCACCGUCUGUCUCACAACAAACAUGCAAGUCACAGACAUUCUCCGGCGACAAGACCUACCCUCAUUGCCUAGACCUCCCUCAACUCAAAGCCUUCCUCCACUACUCAUACGACGAACCAAACACAACCCUCGCCGUCGUCUUUUCCGCUCCGCCGUCGAAGCCUGGAGGAUGGAUUGCUUGGGCAAUAAAUCCACAAGCCACCGGCAUGGCUGGAGCUCAAACCUUAGUGGCCUACAAGGACCCAAGUAAAGGCGUUGCCGUCGUGAAGACGCUAAACAUUAGCUCUUACAGCACGAUUAUUCCGUCGAAGCUAGCGUUCGACGUUUGGGACAUGAAAGCAGAGGAGGUGUCCGGAGACGGAGGAGGGACGCUGAGAAUCUUCGCGAGGAUUAAAGUUCCGUCUGAUUUGGCUGCGAAGGGAAAGGUGAAUCAGGUUUGGCAAGUCGGUCCUGGAGUGAGUCCCAAGGGGAUGAUAGCGAAGCACGACUUCGACACGGCGAAUCUUUAUUCUAAAGGACCUCUUGAUUUAAGCGGCAAUAACAACGGCGGCGGGGGCGGAGGCGAGGGAGAUUCUAGAGUCAAGAAGAGAAAUAUUCAUGGGAUAUUAAACGCCGUGAGUUGGGGGAUUCUGUUUCCGGUCGGAGCAAUAGUAGCCAGGUACAUGAGGAUAUUUGAAUCCGCAGAUCCUGCUUGGUUUUACAUCCACGUGUCUUGUCAGUUCUCUGCUUACGUCAUUGGCGUUGCUGGUUGGGCCACCGGGCUCAAGCUCGGCCACGAGUCCGAAGGUGUUCGUUUUGCCAGCCACGGUAACAUCGGCAUCGCCCUCUUCUCCCUCGCCACCAUUCAGAUGUUUGCGAUGUUGCUAAGGCCAAAGAAAGACCACAAAUAUAGAUUAUAUUGGAAUAUCUACCACCAUGGAGUCGGCUAUUCCAUCCUCACCCUCGGGAUCAUUAAUGUAUUCAAAGGUCUUAGCAUCUUGAACCCACAAGACACAUACAAGACUGCUUACAUUGCAGUGAUCGCGAGCCUUGGAGGCAUAGCUUUGCUCUUUGAAGCCGUCACUUGGGUCAUUGUGCUCAAGAGAAAAUCAAACAGCUAAAUGAAGCCUUUUAGGACAUGAGUAAACAAAGAUCUAUAUUAUCUGGAGAUGUUGUUACUAAUUUAUUAUGAUGAACAUUCAAGGUCUUGAUGUAUUGAAGAAACACAUGUAUGAUUAUUGUCUUGUACGAGAUUUGUUUUUAGAGUGUUUAUUAUUGUACUUUGAAUAUAUGAACAUUUAGAGUUUCCAA